GUUCUGAACUCGGUUAUUUUUCUUUCUCAUUCAUCGCGUUGGUAAUACAUAGUAUAGGACCAUUCUCCAUACGGGGACGGGAUGGAAACAAAAUAAAAAAUAAAAUCGUUUUGUAAAUCCUUUCAAUGUUUACGCUAGCUUAGGUAAUUCCCUUGGAGAUUACAAUGCACUUACGGCCCUUGUUUUGUUCGCGACCGUUGGUCACACGAGAGCACCGCGAGGGUUUGCGGGCACAUCGAGCCGCGCUGCGGGGCGGUGGUGUUCCGCGUGAACCGUACCGGUUUUCCUGCAUAAUGACAAAUGGUGGGCAUCUCCUUGCGCGCGCGGACCGCGGUCGCCGGAAACCGGUUUCCCGCGAACGGGGAAACGCGUGAAGCCUCAAUGUUUACGGCCACUGUAAUAAAUCACCAAACAACCGGCGCGCACCGGAACCGUAACACCGCGGUGCUCGCCCACCGACCCGCAGCACAGCGCCGACCCCGUUUUUUCGCGCUUCACGUCGACUUUGCAUAAUUAGAAUGGAAAAGGGUCGGGCGCGCGUGUGUUGCUCUCCCAGAGCGUCCCGGGGGAGGGGGGGAAGGGCUAUUCUUCCGGCCGUCGUCCGGUGCGGUACGCGUAAUCGCGUGACAUCGGACACACCGGCGCGCCGUGCACAUGCAGAAACGCAUUAUGUUACCGGGUUGUAACCGUUCACCGUCAACGUUACCGGGUAAUUUGUUUUACACCUUACACGUUUUCUUCCCGUUAUCCGUCCACCGAUCUCGCUCUACAUCCAACCUUACUUUACCCGGCCGUGCAUCUUACAUACAUACUUUCGUCAUCUGCGACGCCCGAGUCCGUGAACACCGGCGGCGUUUACGGGACGAAAACCACAACAGCAAAAAUACGGAUGAAAUUGAUAAUCUUUCGGACAUCUGUCGACGGUUGUUGUACAACGGCUGCUUACGUACCCGAACGAGUUUCAUUUUGGUCGUCGGUAAAACGAUUCAAAUUCCCGAUGACGACUUUUAAAACUCAAAAUCGUCAUGGCUACUCUAUAAAAUUUUCACCUAAUCGUUCAAACCUUCUGGCGAUAGCCACUGCACAGUAUUACGGAUUUAAAGGUGGAGGAACUCUGUUUUUAGUAUCUUACAACAAAAAAAAAAGUUCAAUAACUAAAAAGUAUGAUAUGUUUUGGGAGGAUGGAUUGUUUGAUGUAGUUUGGAGCAGAACUGUCAAAAGCUUAUUAGUUACCGGUAGUGGAGACGGAACCAUACAAAUGUGGAAUUAUAAACAUCCACAGGAACCAGUGAGAAUAUUUCGUGAACACAAAAAAGAAGUGUGCAGUAUUGAUUGGUGUCAAAAUUCAAUUGACGAUUUUAUACUAUCAGCUUCGUGGGAUUGUUCAGUAAAAUUGUGGGACCCUAACAAGUAUUGUUCAUUGACGACGUAUAAGGGACACGACCGAUUGGUUUACGAAGCAAAGUGGUCUCCUUUCUUGUCUUCGUGUUUUGCUUCAGUUUCAGGUGAUGGAAUAUUGGGUAUUUGGGACUGUUCCUCUCCAUUACGACCCAGUGUCAAAAUAAACGCUCAUCAAGCAGAAAUAUUAUGCUGUUCGUGGAACCAAUUUCACCCGUUCAUAUUAGUCACAGGUGGAUCCGAAGGAUUAAUAAGAGUAUGGGAUAUGCGAAAAUUGAUAACACCAAUAUUCCAGCUUGAAGUUUGGUUGUCAGGAUGCUGUGAAACGUGUACAAUGUUCACCUCAUCAUUGGUCUACGUUAGCUUCGGUUUCAUAUGAUUUCACGACAAAGAUAUGGGAUUACAGUACAUCAUCGGAACCGCGCCAGAGUCACCAAAACCAUUCCGACUUCGUUUAUGGCCUUGACAUUAGUCCUAGCGAGA